GGCUAGUGGGUUUAUAUAGAGACUCCACGUUAACAUUUUAUAUAUAUACAGCCAUACCUUAACACUGAUAAGGUUCCCAUCUCUCUAGCUCUCUCUUCCGCAAUGACUAACCCCAGCUGCAAGAAUUUUUGUAAGCCAACCCUUUCAAAUCUCUCCACUCUCUUUCUCUCGUUCUUGCUCCACUUUCUCAUCCGCCCUAUUGCCGGGGAGUUGUCACCUCCAUAUACUCCUACUGAAAAUGUUGCCCUCUGCUGUGGCUCCUCCGGCCACCCUAUCAAAUCAUUAGAUAAUAGGACAUGGAUCGGAGACAUCAACUCCUCAUUCUUCCCCGUUGAAAAAUUACAAAACAACGCAUCAGUUACCUCUGCGGCUGGCCAACCAACAACUUCGACCAGUGUACCUUGCAUCACAGCACGCGUAUCUCACUCCGAAUUCACCUACGUAUUGCCGGUCACUUCUGGCCCAAAAUUCAUCCGACUAUACUUCUACCCAGCUACAUACCAAAACUUUGAGCGCUCCAAAGCCCUUUUCUCUGUCAAAAUAGGUCCGUACACUCUUCUUCACGAAUUUAAUGCAUCGCUUACUGCUGAUUUCGAUGAUAAUCCUUUGGAUCCUACUAUAUACAGAGAAUUCUGCAUUAACGUGGUAGAUGAGCAGUGGUUAAACAUAACUUUUAUUCCAAGCCCAAAUACGAUAGAUACGCAUGCAUUCAUCAAUGGAAUAGAAGUUGUAUCGAUGCCACCAUAUCUUUACUACACUAAACCCGACGACCCAGAAAACGGGUUCAACUUUAUCGGAGAACCAAACCAACGUGUGCGCAUCGAAAACAACACUGCUCUGGAAAUGGUAUACCGUAUAAACGUGGGUGGAGGUGGCAUACCGCCUUAUAAAGAUACAGGAAUGUUUCGGAUGUGGUCAGCUGAGGGCGCCUACCUGACGUCCUCUGGGACAAGUGUUUUACCUGUCAACUUAACUGUCCACCUCCAGUUUAACCAAAUCCCUAAUUACACUGCGCCAGAACAAGUCUAUCGAACCGCACGGUCUAUGGGAAUGGAUAACGAGUUAAACAAGAAGUAUAAUCUGACCUGGCAGUUUCCCGUGGAUUAUGGGUUCAUGUAUAUGGUAAGGUUACAUUUUUGCGAGUUCGAGGGGGAGAUUCUUGUAAUCGGUGAUAGAGUGUUCCUCAUCUUCAUAAAUAAUCAAUCCGCAGAGGGAGGAUUCGACGUGAUAGGACAGAGUGGUGGAAACGGCGUUCCGAUAUAUAAGGAUUACGCAGUCUUGAUGCCCAAUGCCCAAAGAAAUGAGAAGAAACUAAACCUCUCUGUCGCUUUGCAGGCAAACCCAGCUGAUUGGCAAACGCGCAGAAGUGAUGCUAUCUUGAAUGGUAUCGAAAUAUUCAAGUUGAGCAACUUCGGCGGCAAUCUCGCUGGACCCAAUCCCGACCCUCGUGAUAUAUUGAUCCCAAAAACCACUACGCCGCCUAGCCAAUUGCAAAAAAGGCGAACAAGGGUUGCAAUCUUGAAAGCAAUAAUUGGUACUCUUGGAGGUGUAGUUUUCAUCGUGGCCGUGCUAUCUAUUGUCGGAUUCUUGAUUUUCAGGCGAAACAAGAGGAUCAAGCAGGAGGGCUCCAGUGAUGGGACAAGUUGGUGGUAUCCAUUUUCGUCUUCAAAAACCAAGUCAAGGACAAGUGGCUCAUCUCUUCCAUCUGAUUUGUGCCGUUGCUUCUCGCUGACUGAAAUUAGAGCUGCCAUCAAUAACUUCGACGAUGCUUUCAUCAUUGGGGUUGGGGGUUUUGGCAAUGUCUACAAAGGGUCUAUUGAUGAUGGGGCCACCCUUGUUGCAAUCAAACGACUGAACCCAAGGUCGAGACAAGGUGCCCACGAGUUCCAGACAGAGAUUCGGAUGCUCUCCCAGCUUCGCCACCUCAAUCUCGUAUCUCUUAUUGGCUAUUGCAAUGAACAACAAGAAAUGAUCCUCGUCUAUGAUUACAUGACCCGCGGGUCCGUUCGGGAUCAUCUUUACAACACCGACAAACCACCUCUUUCGUGGGAGCAACGACUCCAGAUAUGCAUCGGUGCGGCCCAUGGCUUGUACUAUCUACACAGUGGCACAAGCCGCACAAUCAUUCACCGAGACGUGAAGACGACAAAUAUUUUGUUGGACGAAGAAUGGGUGGCAAAGGUUUCUGAUUUUGGAUUGUCUAAACUGGGCCCAACCGGUCAUUCCAUGACCCAUGUGAGCACAGAGGUCAAGGGCAGCAUUGGGUACUUGGAUCCAGAGUAUUACCGGCGUCAGCAGCUGACUGAGAAGUCCGACGUGUACUCGUUUGGCGUCGUCCUGUGUGAAGUGUUGUGCGCAAGGGCACCUUUGGUUCGCAAUGCUGAGAAAGAGCAAGUGAGCCUAUCAGAGUUGGUCCGGAAACGCUAUCGGAGCGGAAAGCUUGAUCAGAUAGUUGAUCCAUUUUUGAUAGGAAAGAUUUCGCCAGAGUGUUUGAGGAAAUUUGGUGAGAUUGCAGUAAGUUGUUUACUUGACGAUGGAGUCGAGCGACCAUCGAUGGACGAUGUGGUUAGAGACCUCGAAUUUGCACUACAACUGCAAAAUUGCAAAACUUGUAAAAUAUCAGUAAUUGGCGAUCAUUGUGAUGGCGUUUUUACCAGGAGCAGUGGAAGCGAGCCAAAUGGAAAGAGUAGCAGCAGCGAAUUAGAACCGAGUUUCGGGCCGAGUUUCGGGGAAAAGGAGUCAUAUAGCUUGAUCUCUGGGGCAGCGUUCACUGAUCUUGUGAAUCCGAAAGGACGAUAGAGAUCAAUAUGGCAGGAAUGAAUUCGGUAACCGGUAGGAGCUGGAGUGAGGAAAAUAUGAACGAAGACUGAAAGGAAAGACGUACGUUAUGUGUGAGAAAGAAAAGGAAUAAUAACCGAAUUUGGAGAGAUGGUGUGGUCCAAGUACUGCAUUUUAGAAUGCACAUAACGAAUCUUAGUCGGAUACAUGCAUGUGAAACAUUUA